GCCCUCAAGUUGUUUCAAAGCAGUUUCUGACCCUGAAAAACGUCAGACUUAAUGCGUUUCUGUAACAAUUCCGUUACCUACAUCAAUAACUCCAAAUACCCGUGAGUAGCGAGAAUGUUCCCUGUGACCCAUCGUUCCCCGAAAUGUCAAGAUAAAAGGUUGAGAAGUGACCUGUCAAAAUAAAGUAGUUUUUUCAGUGAAAUUGUGUCCAGUCUUUUUAUCUCUACAAGCCAAAAAACGUGCAAAUUCUGAUUGUCCUCAUUAUUGAAGACACUUAAUGCAACGUACUAUGUGAUGUCUCUAUAAUCGUCAACAGAGCGUCCGUAUAAUGUAAACAAGUAACGUAAUUAAAUGCCAAAGCUCAAAUAGAUAUCGAUCAUGGACUCGGAAGUCUCUAAUACCGACAUAAUAUGCCGAGUGUGCAGAUCAGAGGGUCUGGAAGGUCGGCCCUUGUUCCAUCCUUGUAUCUGCACAGGCAGCAUCAAGUGGAUCCACCAAGAGUGUCUCAUGCAAUGGAUGAGAUAUUCCAGAAAAGAAUACUGCGAGUUGUGUGGCCAUAGGUUUUCCUUUACACCUAUUUAUUCACCAGAUAUGCCAAGGCGGUUGCCACUCAAAGAUCUGGCUGCAGGACUGUUGGCUUCGAUAGCCACUGCUGUGAAGUAUUGGUUUCAUUAUACUUUGGUGGCUCUAGCAUGGUUGGGGAUAGUGCCACUUACAGCAUGUAGGAUAUACAGAGCACUAUUUGCUGGUACAAUAGACGCCAUCCUAACCCUACCAUUUGACAUACUGGCCACUGACAACCUAGCCUCAGAUAUCUUCCAAGGCUGUUUUGUGGUCACAUGUACCCUUCUUGCUUUUGCUGGAUUGGUGUGGCUACGGGAACAGAUCCUGCAUGGGGGCGGACCUGAUUGGCUCGGCAGAGGUGGCGGGGGGCAGAGAGAUGCGGGAGGCGGGGCUCGAGAAGGAGGGGAUGGGGAUGAAGAUGAAGAAGAAGGGGAAGCGCCAAAUGGGGGCGGGGAGGUAGAGAAUGUUGGGGCUGUUGGUGGGGAUGGAGAAGCUGAGAGGGUUGGAGAGGAUGGGGAGCAGAAUGUUGUGGAGCCAGGAGUAAUUCAAGAAAACCCAGAUCAACCCGACGACGCAGACGGCAACAUCGGCGAAGACAACAACUGGAUCCCUAUGGAAUGGGAUCGAGCCGCCGAGGAGAUCACCUGGGAACGCCUUCUGGGCCUUGAUGGUUCCCUCAUGUUCCUGGAACACGUUUUCUGGAUCAUCUCGUUGAACACCCUCUUCAUCUUCAUCUUCGCCUACAGUCCAUACCAUAUGGGGCUGAUGACACUGUCGCUGCUCAACAUGAAGGAGGCGGCCUCGGCUAGUCACUUUGAGGGGUUGCUCACCACUUUGGUGGGGUAUUGUACUGUUGGCUUUUGGUUUGCGCUCUUGAAUAGGAUUGCGGCCUUGUUCGGGUUCAAUAGGGCACAGAGGGUUUUGGGUUUGUGCUACGUAGUAGUAAAAGUAUCCCUUCUCAGUGUAGUGGAAAUAGGGAUAAUACCCCUCGUCUGUGGUUGGUGGUUGGACAUAUGCUCCUUGGCUAUGUUUGAUGCUACACUCAAAGAUAGAGAGAACAGUUUCAGAUCUGCACCUGGAACGUCCAUAUUCAUACAUUGGCUGAUUGGAAUGGUCUAUGUCUACUACUUUGCUUCGUUCAUCUUGCUACUUAGAGAGAUUCUGCGGCCAGGAGUUCUUUGGUUCCUUCGCAACUUCAACGAUCCAGACUUCAGCCCCAUUCAAGAGAUGAUCCACCUACCCAUUCUGGAACACAUCAGAAAAUUGCUGAUCUCCGCUGUCAUUUUCGGAAGUGCGGUAUUGCUGAUGUUAUGGCUGCCCAUCAGGAUACUCAAAGCGACGUUGCCACAGUUCCUGCCUUAUACAGUGUCCUUGAAUAAUGACACUCAAGUGAAUGAGCUGUCAUUGGAGCUACUGCUGUUGCAAGUUAUCCUACCGUCGCUUCUGGAACAGUCGCAUACGCGUAUAUGGUUGAAAAGUUUGGUAAGAAAUUGGUGCAGAGUGGUAUCCUGGAUCUUGAAUAUAUAUUCUUAUUUGCUGGGCGAUAAUGAUGGAAAACAAAACGCUGAUCAAAAUGCUGCUGCAAAUGUAGCACCUGAAGCAGGUGGAGGACUGGGAGCAGUACAUCAAGCACUUUUGAUGAUGGAACCACCAACGGGCUUCCAACCGUACGUACGGCCAUCUUUCUUCGCAGCACGACUCUUCGGUCUUCUUCUAUGCGUCUGCAUAUCGUUAGUGGCUUCCAGCUUAGUGGCUCUGACGUUGCCCGUUUUUCUGGGUCGCAGUGUGAUGGCGCUUUGGCUUGUGGGAGCGCCACCUCCAGCGCCUCAGAUAUCUGCUAAUAAUUCUCAGGCCGAGGUGAAGGUUCACGAACUCUACACAGCUGCCUGUGGUCUGUAUCUUUGCUGGGUAGCAGCAAGAGCAGUCACCUUAGUGCUAAGCUGGCUUCCACAAGGACGGGCCGCCAUGUUGGAUCGCUUGAAGCAGUGGUUUGUGCUGGGUCUGAAGACAGUUGUUGCCAGCACUAUCCUGCUUGGUGUCAUACCCUUGCUAUUCGGGCUAUUGCUGGAGUUGGUUGUUAUUAUACCUCUUAGGGUGCCAAUUUACCAAACUCCAAUUCUUUUCAUAUGGCAAGACUGGGCACUGGGAGUUCUCUACACUAAAAUCGCAUGUGCUAUCACUAUGAUGGGUCCUGAUUGGUUCCUGAGAAACGCUAUCGAACGAGCGUACAGGGACGGCAUCAGGGAUAUGAAUCUUACCUUCAUUUUCAAGGAACUAGCUGCCCCAGUGAUAGUCAGCUUCGGUCUGGCGCUCACAGUCCCCUACGUCUGCGCGUAUUCUAUCGUGCCCCUCUUCGUAACCAACUUGCAAACACGAAACGUCAUCGCUAGACGUCUCUACCCCUUCCUACUCUUAGUAGGUGUUAUUGCGGUCAUCGUACAUUUCCAAAUCCGGCAGUUCCGGAAGUUGUACGAACACAUCAAGAACGAUAAGUACCUGGUGGGGCAGAGAUUGGUCAACUACGAUCAUCGGAGGAAUAGGACUCCACAGGCGCAAACUGCCGCUACGUAGAUAUGAUGGAGUUAGGUUGUAGGUACUCGAAAUACGUAAGGAGACGGUUAGUAGAUCUAAUUUUGAAAUUCAAGUGAAGCGUCAAAGACGUUAUACGAGUGUCCAGUGGGAAAGUUCACUUUUUGAUUUAAGAAAAAAAAAACAAACUUAAUGAAAAGAAAGUUUUUCUUACUAUCAACAUAUUCGUAAAUUCGGCGGGUUUUAUUUCUUAAAUAUGAUUCCAUCCAAAUGUUUGCCAUCCCUUUUGACUUUAGAUAACCCCAAUAAUCGCAUUGCGUGAGGUCGGGUGACCUAGGACGCUUGUGAAUGUCUCCAAACUUCGAAAUAACUUUUUGAGGAAAAAGUGCUUUCACCGUGUCCAUCGAUUCUCUCGAAGUAUGGGCAGUGGCCCCAUCCUGUUGAAAUCAUCUGUUAAAUCGACGUUUUGUUCUUACAAUAGGAGCAAAAAAAGUGUCGAGCAUGUCCUUGUAACGCUCGGAAUUGUCUGUCAAUGCAUGACCGUUUUCAUCUUCAAAGAAAUACGGCCCAAUAAUACCGCUAGAGGAUAUGGCGCGCCAAACAGUCACAUUUGGACUACGUAGCUGUUGUUCAUGUUUAUCUUUUGGGUUCGUUGGUGCCCGAUAUCUGAAAUUUUGCUUGUUCACAUAACCGUCUAAGUGAAAAUGGGCCUCAUCACAGAAAAUAACGUUCUCGAGUCUGCGCUGCGUAGGAAAAAGAUUCAACAACCGUUCAGCACAAGAUUUCCGUAAUACGUAAUCACUUUACUUUAAAGCAUGGACUGAUUGGACUUUAUAAGGAUGAAGACCCAUUUUUUUCUUCAUUAUGCCAUGCAGUGUUGACCUAGGGAUUCCCAAAGCAGCGGAAUGCUUCCGUACAGAACGUCGAGGAUUUGCAAUGACCGAAUCACUUACUCGACGCAGCCAGGAAUGGGUUGACUAAGAGGGCCUGUUUCACAGAACCUCUUAUUCCACUUUUUCAAUAGGUUCUUCAUCGGAGCAUCUCUUGGUCGACGAAUGUUGUAUAGUGUACAAAAUUAACGAAGGGCAGCUGCGUAUGAAUCACCACUCUUUAAGUAAGCUUCGACAGCAAAAGCACGUUGCGCUCCGGUCCAACGUUCCAUUGUGACUAUUUAACCCGCACGCCGAACGCGUCGAUCAAGAACUCUCGCUACUUCCUCGCGUAUAUGGUUGCCGCGUAAUUCAAAUUUGAAAUGUGAACUUUCCUACUGGACACCCUACUAUUUAUCAUGAUAGUCCAACUCGUCAAUUCAAGACAUCAACAGCUAAUCAUUUAGUUACAUUCAAAAUACCCCGUACGGUCAUGCGUACUUGCAUAAAGUAGUUAAAAGAGUUCAUACCAGAAGUCUUAAAUAGUUAAUACUUGUUCUAUUAGACAAGAAAAUAAAUACUAGGUUUUUAAGACCUAAAAGACUGUGAAACUUUAAUUUAAAAAUAUAUUUUUCAGGCGGAAACGCUGUCCGCCAUGUUUGGCGCAUAUUAUUGUGCUCUGAAGUCGUACCGUUUCUAAAGAGCAUAUGACGGCAGCAUCACCUGUCAAACUUUGAAACAUAUAAACGUGACUUCUUCUAGCUUACCUGAAAAAUUUAGUAAUUAUCGUGAUUGUAGCGUCCGAGAAUGUAAAAACACUGUGUAUUGCUUGGAGGGACAUAUUUAACAUUUUAUUGUGCAGAUUUUAUCGUCUCGUUUAAGUUAGAUGUCACCUUCGUCAUCACCGUUCGAUUCCCUUGCAGAUGUGCAAAAAAAAAGGAAUGCAAUAUCAGAUAAAAUUAUUCAACGGUGAAGGCAUGAACUUAGUUUUGAAUGACUUCUUUAAAGAAAUAUUAUGUAGUUGUAUUAUUUUUUUGAUGUCUAUCAUUAUAUCAGACUUCUAGUAUUGAUGUUCCUCAGCUCAGUAGAGCAGAAAUCUGGGUUGAAGGCAAACAAAUUAGUAGGUGGUAGACGGUCUCUGACUGUCGAACGCGGAGGUACCACCCGGCGGAUCUCGUAGGCGGAGCAAGAAUGUGUGCAUGUUGCAUGCACACGUGUUCCCUCGCCAGAGUCCGUGUGGCGUUCCUCCUUUUCCCUGUGUUCGCCUAUAGCCCCACGGUAGCACGGUACCCUAUGGGUGUUUAGGCCUUAGGCCUUCGUGGUAGUUGGAGUAUAAACAAAAAAAAUUAUCAAUCAUCAUUGUGUCAAUUUUCGGCAAAUUUGUACUUUCUGCUUUUACGAUUCCAACGCCAAUGAUUGUUUUUUUCAAAAAGAUGAAACGAUAACUUUUUACGUUGAUUAUGAGUUUUUUAGAAACAUUGAGAGAGUGAUAUACGGAUGGCGUUUCUUUGUUUUUGUAUAACAUCAUAGCUGAUAGUGUUUUCACUGUAUCGUAUUAAAAAUAAGAAAUAUAUUUUUUUAAAUUGGACUUAUAAUAUCCACCUUUCACUUUUAAAAAUUGAAGUCGAUAUAUUUCGUUUCACUUAGGCCCGUAUCGUCAGUCGUCCCUACAAUUGUAGGGCGCGUUUAUGGCCUCCUUGAUUGUCAUACUGCUUUCUCUCCUUCAAAAAUUUCUAGAUUGCACCCGUCCCGUGUCAGCGUCAGCGCUUUCCUAUUGUGAAGAUAUGUUUUCUUUUUAUAUUGUAGGAAAUUUCAGGCUGAUAAAACAUGAUAUAACUCAAAAGCAAGCACAAUUUGAUGCAAAUAGAUGUUUGUGAUAUAACCUCAAAAUAGAGCGCUGACACGGAGAAGUAGAAAACUAUGAUAAUCAAGGAGGCCAUAACGGCGCCCUACAAUUGUAGGGACGACUGACGAUACGGGCCUAAGCCAAAUACUGCUUAUUCAAUAAAAUUAGAUAUGAGUCAAGUGGCCUAUUUACAGUUUAUCCAUAAAAGCUAUAAAUGGCCUUCACUUCUGCCAUCUCUGGAGCAGAUGUUACAUCACAUCAGAGCCAAAACAUAUAGCUGAAGUCUAAUGACGCGUUGACGCUUAGCCAACACGUACAGCUAGUACAAGUGAACAUGAACAGAAUGACAGCUAGUUCCUAGGUGAUAUUUUUUCGAAAAACAUACAUGUCAUUAAAAAUCGAUAUAAUGUCACCUGUUGCGUAAUAUGGAAUCGUGUCACGCAGUGGUAUCCAUCUGGCAACACCGUAUUCAUCUCUCGCCAAAUAACAACAUGCGGACAAACGUCACUUUGUUCCUUUAAAUUCGAAAAGUCAGUCUACUUUUCCCUAACUCCAUUCGCAUUGUGUGUCUUCUUUUGGUGUGGACACUCUCUCCAUGUCGAUAUGGGGAUUUUAAUAUCACUCAAUUAUCAGCUUGGGGCCACGUUUUGAUGUGUCGAACUAACAUGGUAAAUAGUUAUCUGUUCUGUGCCGUUAUUUGCCUCGAUCUUAUUGACUUUUCCAUAUUACAGCGUGGAUCGGAAAAGAUAUUUUACUCCAGAGAUAUUCUUCGCUACUAGAAAAUGUCGUCGAGAGUGUGAUUUUGGUAUGAAGAACGGUGUCAGAAUGUUUAUACCAAAUAUUCAAAUUUGAUCUAUCAUUGUUGAAGCAGCAUUUUGCUUUUAUAUCUAACUAAGGCUAUUACCGAUUGUCCCAAACAUAGAUUGACAUACAUAACGUUAGGAAUGUUAUCAUUGCUUCCAAUUAAUUCGAAUAGAUUAGAAGAAGCUAAGCCUAUGCGUAUAUGUUUACAUUGCAAUUUCACUGGAAGGGAUGUUCAAGUAGACAAUCAUACUGGAUGGACUCACGCGCAGAAGCACAAAAACUAUCUAUGGUUCGAUGGGAAUCGCUCCAUUAUUGUUAAUAGACAGGGAUAAAUUAAAUAAGGCAAAGAAACAAAAGUAAAUGUUUAUUAACAGUACAGCAUAUGUUCAAUUCUGCUUAAUUCGUGAAGUAAACAAUACGAAGCAUUCUCUCUAUCGAGCAGCAACAUCAACCUGAUAUUGGAAAUAGUGGGAUACCUUGCAUGGAUUCUACUUGGUUUUUCUAAAUAGUUGUCGUGGCUAAAAGCAAAUACCUAGUUGAGCAUAAGAUGGAAAUUCCUGCUAUUAUAUCAUUGUCAGUAUAUUUAUCCAAUAAAAAGAUUUGGAAGUAUCUUAACUAAUUUGAUAUUCACAGUUCUUUUUAGGUGUAAUGAGCUUCCUCCUUGGUUUAGUCAGCUUAAGGUUUCGUUUGACCCCUUUCAGUUUCCAUCAAAAAAUUUGGCUUGACUCCAAUAUAUUGCAUUUUUCAAUGUUGUUGUUAACAAUCCUAGAUUAGACUGAAUGUUCAAUUAAACAAGAAGUGAAAUGAAAUAAAUCAAAAUUUCUGUCCAAGUAAAAACUCAAUGUUGAAGUACACGCCCUUUCGUAACGCUGAUGACUAUAAUAUACGGUGAGGUUCAAAUUCAGCUGACGUCGUAAUGUGUACUAGAGAGAAGCGCGAGAAGCGUGCAAUAUGUAUGUUGGAAAGAGUGCGCCAACGAGGUGAUUCUAUCUCUUUCUAACACAGGUAUUGGACGCUAUCGAUAAAUCCGCAAUUGUCUGGAACACUAGGAUUGUAUGGAACCCAUGCACGUUUAUAUGUUUUCGCAGAUAAUUACGAUAUGUCAACAAAUGACUAUUAACUAUGUAGUUUUGUUUACAAAUAACUGGUAUAUUUGCUGUUUCUACCUAGUCCGAAUUUGUUUACUGCUUCAUCAUCAUCAUCAUCAUUGUAUGUGGAUGCUGAAAAAGUGGAUGUGUAUGAACAUCUAUUUUGUAGGUGUUUCUGAACAUACACUACCGUGAACACCCAGAAAACAAGGAAACUGAUGGAAGUUAUUAAAGAAAACAUUACAAUACCUGUAUGAAACAUUUAUUUUCCUAAUUCUUACAACACACAACUAUUUAUAAUCAAAAUAAUCAUAUUUUUGACUCAUCAAUAUGUCCUCCUUUACUUUUAAUUACAGCCUGGCAAAUGAUGUGUAAACGCAACUAAUUUUUAUAAAGUGGAUGAGGUUAUUUUAGCUAUUCGUCUUGUGAUAUUCUCCAUAAAUGCUUUUGAGAUGUAGGUCAACAUUUCCUUACUUGCCCGUCCAGUUCAUCCCACAGCAACUCUGUCGGAUUCAAAUCCGAGGACUUUCAAAAUAUUUUGUUCUUCUUUUACUUCCAAAAAUUUGGGACAUUAUCAUGCUGAAAGACAAAUCCCGGAACAAUAAGACGAGUCUCAGAAGGCACAACAUGAUUUUGUAGCAAGGCUUUGUAACCUUCCUUAUUCAGUAUUAUCUGUACUCUCACAGUAUCCCCCUGAGCACAACCACCAAAACAGCCCCAAAUAUUAUAAAGCCUCCACCGUGAUCGACUGAAGCGUCAGUGCAUUAUUCUAAUGCGCUCUCGUUAGGCCGACGGCGGAGAAAUACUCUUCUCUUUGAACUAAAAACUUCAAAUUUCGAAUCACCGCUCCAGAGGACCUUCUGCCAGUCAGCAACUGUCCAAUUUUGAUGUUGUUUCGGCCAAUUCGGUCUCUUUUUUUGUUAGUAGCCCUUAGGAGUGGUUUCGAUGCUGCUAUGCAUCCCUUAAGUCUAGCUUCGAGCAAUCUUAACUGUAGUCAUACUUACAGGUUCACUACGGGCCUCAUUCAAGUCUGCUAUUUCGGGUGCAGUCAUGCGUCUGUUGCGUUUACUUUCCACUAUUAUGCUUCAGUGGAAGUUGUAACUCUGAGCCUCCCUGAAUGCCGGCUAUUGGAUGUUGUGCUUUGAGCAUCAAAUUUCUUAAUAAUGUGGUGUACAAAUGACAGUGGUACCUUCUGAAGCUUAGAAAUUUCUCGAAUACUUCUGCCGGAUUUAUAAACACCAAUAAUUACACUUUUUAUCUCCUCAGACUAUUCUUUAGUUUUACACAUUUUGCCCAGAAAAAAAUAAACGAAAACGCACUUGUUGAACAAUCUUGAAUUAUAAGGUAUUGAAGCACGGUUACUACAACAGAAAUUAAAAGAAAUAAUCGAAAAACCAAUGCUGAGAAAGAAUUCCUAUACAAAAACAAAACAACAUUCUAAAGGCAACAAAAUUCCGAUUAUGGCUAAUGAUGGGAUCCCAAUAAUAGUGUGAGCAAACUUUUGAUUUGAAUGACCUUUCAGUGAUGCUUGAUUUCUAUGGUGAUGGUUUUCAGUAAAUAAAGAACAAUAAAUACGUACUGAAUAGUUUUUUUUUGUUUGUUAUGAUUUUUAAUGGAAAUAUGCAAGUGUUCAAAUACUUUUGAACGGUAGUGUAUGUCAUCGUUUUCAUUGUACAGUGCCAAGUUUUUAACAUAUAUUGAAACACGCAAAAGUCAGUUUAUCCAUUGAUCAACGGGUUCUACCUGACCAUAUGCUGUAUUCCGGCAACCAAAAAUGGUUCUGAAAGUUACUGGCGCCAUCUAAGAUACACUAGCCGAGCUCAAACGUGAAUUAAGAAAUCUACUUUGAAAAGAGUUAGAGUGGUCACUCGGUGACAGAAAUCCCCAGAGACGGCUGACAAACGUAGUUUUAUAUGGCGCUUUAGCGUGUAAUUUGUGAUUGGUUUUGUUAGUUUGUUUCUGGUGUGUUUCAAAUAAGUUUCUGUGUGAAUGUAAUUUAAAAAAAAAUAGUGAAUUUUACUUUUAAAUAUGGUGUAAAGUGCAGUUGUGGGUUGUUUAAGCAACAACAAGACGUUCGAAAUCGUUUUUUUGCAGUUUUCCAAAGAACAAACAAGUUUGCGAACAAUGGGUUCUGAAGUGUUAUUAUCAAUACAAAUUUAAUGUAAUAGCCCCAAGGAAUAUUUUCGAAGUAUUUUGUGGAAAGUGACUACUAUUUAAACGAAAAUACUUUGGGAUUACCUCAAUAUAAAUGGAAGUAGAGCAGUGAUGCAAUACUUUCCCGUCAUUUGAUGAAAUCACCAAAGCCGCAGACUACUCCCAGUAUACGAAUGGAAAAGGGCUGAAUAUGGGGAUCAUAAAAUCAAUGAAUCAACCACUAGAUGUAGGAAUAGAACUAGAAGUACAAAGUGAGGAUGAUAAAAAAAAAGAUUAAAAACCAUUUACACAUAACAUUUUAUACAACAUUAUAAAGAUGUCAUAUAUAUUGUAUCCUCCAUACUUUUUCUGUAUAAAAAGUUAGUGUAACAAAUUGAUAUAUGUCACUGAUGCACAAAUGUAUUAUUUGAAACCAAUCUACUUCAAUAAAAAGGUAGGUCCAUUCAAUUGGAGCUCUAAAGAAAUUUCAUACUGAAAAGCUACAAGCGCAUUUUCAAUGAUUAAGUCUUGAGUUAUUUAAUACUUUUCAACUUGUCUAUUGUCAAUUUUUCAAAAGUGAUAGCUUUAUAACGGCAAUGUAUUUUGUCUGUGGUAUAUUUCAUUAAAUUGUAUUGACAGAACAUCGUAAUAUGAAUAAAAUAUUCUAUAUAAUACUAAAAUUAUGAUGUAAAGUCGAUAACACAAAAAAUGCUGGGAAUAUAUUCCAAAUAUUCAAAUGAAAACGCUCUAUUUCAUACCGACGAGCGGAACACUUGUAACCGAGUUAUAGUAUCAUGUGUUCUAUCGCAUAGAUGGUGCUGGUAUUUUUAGGCACUGAACACUGAAGAUUUUUGUUAUAAUUUUGUAAUCUUGGGCUUUUGCUUCCGUAGUGAAACCCCUUAAUUCAUUUAUGAUUAACUUUAUUUUCUUCAGUCUUUGUUUCUAGAUACUGCAAGGUAGUCGCGGUCAUGCUUUCGAUAACAAUAUUCAUACAGUAUGGUGGUGUACCUUUACACGCCCAGUUAAAAUGGGUAUUAGACAGGCUAAAAAGGAAUUGGAGCUCCUAUCGACAUCUAUGAGAUAACAGCAGAACCCUUUUCUGUGUUCUGUUACUGUAUCAUAGAUGUCGCUUGUAUCUUUCAGAUCCCAUUUUGUACGUUGUAAUACAUUAUAUGGUUGUUUAACGUCGAUUUACACGAUUCUUAAGAUGUAGUAGUUUCAUAUAUUGUGAUAUUUAUGCCUCCUUUGCAUUACUAUUUGCUUCACUAUUUCGACAGUAAGUUGAAACAGGUUAAGGUUAAGCUGGUGCUCAGCUAUCUGUUAUAGUUUUAGAUUUCUCUCACAUAUGAUGCAUUCAUCUAAUAAUUUUAAUAUAUUCUGAUCAAUCACAUCAUUAUUUCUCACAUUCACAAUAAUUCUAGUUUGGACAAGAUGUUGAAACGUGAAUUUAACAUUUUUUCAUCAUAUCACUGAUUUCGGUCGUUAAUUUGGCACUUGCUUCUCAAGCUAAAUAAUGGGUGGAUGUAAAAAAUAUUGGAUUCUUCGUAAUAAAUGAGCAAGCAUAGCAAAGAUUUGUAAUUUUUUACAAGCUUUGCUUUUGGAAAGAUUUACAUUUUACAAUGGAUCUAUAUAACAAUUCGCUAAUACCAAUUAUGUAUCAUGCUAUCAUCGAUUAUUUUGUCAUUGCAUAAUAAAUAAGCUUUGUAUAAUCCUGCGGAAAUAUGAUCGCGCCUCUACUUUUUGAUAUUAAAUGUCCUAAACUUCACGAAAUUUAUAGUUAAAAAAACAGUGCUUGUCCAUGUAUUUUGAAAUUAUAUUGGAGUGGCCGAUUGAUAUUUUUUUUGUUUUAAACAUACACGGUGAAUCAGUAUUGCGCCUUUUAACCCCAGUUACAAACAAACGUUUUUGUUUUUAACAUACAUUUGUACUUUUAAAAUAAUAAUUAUAAUAUAUCACAUUUAUACAGGAUGCCCCAUUUUAAUCUUCCUAAUAACUAUUUGGAGAGCUACACAUCCUAGAAAAGUUCCAAAAGUUACAGUUUCGAGGUGACCUUGAUCAUGACCUUGACCGCCACCUUCAAAGUCAAGCUAAUAUUUUCUAACGGAACCCCCUUUUUUCCAGAGGAAUUGGAAACAGGAGGAAAUUCUACGUCCGGAUAUGACCCUGAUCAUUACCAUAACCAUUGACCACUUCAAGCUCAAGUAAAGACACUGAAAACAAACCACCCAGAGGUGGUAAUCAUUACCUUCAAGGUCAAGUCCUUCUCAAAUGUUAUUUGUCAGGCUGCCCGUGUAUUUUCAUGCUAAAAUUUUAUAUUUACACGUGUAACAUUUUGAAAUGACCUUGAAGAUAGUGUUUGUUAUGGUGUAGGUCACUUUUCUAACAAGGCUCGCAGCUGUGCUGUCGAACAUUUCUGCUAGAGCAUAUUCUCAAUGUGUUGAUAUGACCUUGAAAUGGCUUAAAGGUGAUGUUAACGGUCAUAGUUUGGUCAUAUUCGGACGUAAAAUUUUCUCCUCUUGCCAAUUCCGGUCUAAAAAGGGGAAUUCCAUUUGAAAAUAUUAGCUUGACCAUGAAGAUCAUGUGAAGGUUACCAUCAUUUUGCCUCGCCAAAACCCCACAGUUUUGUAGUGAAACUUCUUUUCUAGGAUGGGUAGUUUUCGAAACAAUUAGGUGGAUAGACUUAAAUGGGACACCCUGUAUAUAAAUGCAUUUUGAAAGUAACACUGUUGGUUUUGAAUGUAUGCUGAUUCACCCUAUAUGAUGGGAAGAUUUUUAAGUUUCAAAUACAGAAAUGAAUUAUAAUUUUUUAAGAAAUAUGCUGCAGGAUCGAUGUAUAUAACUUUUAUUUUCAAUCAGGUUUGGAUCAAAAUUAUUUUUGUUUUGUUGUUUUAUAAAGGUGCUUGAUACAGGGUGAUCAUGCUGAAGAAAAUAAAAACUCCUAAAAUAUAAAAAGGAAGUAGAAAUUUCUAUAAUAGUGAUAUUAUGGCACAAGUAUGUUACAAAAAUUGAUUACCCUGUAUGAAUACUAUAAUUAUCGAUGUAUAUAUUUUUGAUUUUAUUUUAGGAGACAUGGAUAUGUAAGGUUACACUUUAAUUAAGUGAGUUAUGUGUAUAUAAAAAAUAAUUUAUUUAUUUAAAUAAAU